UAUCGAAAAUAUAUAAUUUACCCCUGACUCCACGCAUGGUCAUUUUGAAGUUCACACGAGCGUCUGUAUCACUUGUCCAAGAACCUAGUACUAGUACUACAGAUGGCAGUGACAAAAAUCAUAUUCCUGGACAUCCCAACCAUUCUUCCAGUGCCUAAUUCACCAAACACAUGGAAAGUCAGGCUCGCGCUCAACUACAAAGAACUCACAUAUGAAACAAAAUGGGUCGAAACGACUGACAUCGAAUCCGUGUGCAAAUCGCUUGGGAUACCACCUACAAGCGUGCUCCCAGACGGGACACCAAAAUACACACUUCCUGCACUAAUAGAUAACACCUUCUCUCCUCCUGCCCUCCUCUCAGACUCCACGCCCAUAAUCGAGUACCUAGAGCGCACAUAUCCCGACCCAGAUUCCUCCCGCGCACUCUGUCCACCCGCUAGUCGCGCUCUUCAUGCCCUGUUCGAGUACCAUGUCGCGCACUCCAUCACAGCGCAGUUGCUUCCCGUCAUGGUUAUGCACAUGUACGACAAGAAGACCCCACGGGAUCGCAUCCACUUCCGUCAGCGUACCGAAGCGGCAUUUGGGAAGAAGCUCGAGGAUAUCGAGCUGAGGGGCAAAGAACGCGAGGAGCAUUGGAAGAAAAUUGAAGACGCAUUCAACCUCCUUGCAACAUUCAUGCAGACAGGAAGUGGUGCAGGUGAACUAUUCACGGGAUCAAAUCUAUCUUUGGCGGACUGUACACUAGGAGGUGUUUUGCUAGCUUUGCGUUACGAUAGCCCGGACGAGGCUUGGAUCAAGGUACUGUCUUGGAGUAAUGGGAAAUGGACACGCUACAUGGCUGCAUUGGCGAAAUGGACAGCUGUGGAGUAGAUAGCUUACCGAUACCGAAAUUUUCGUAGCUCUCUUUCUAUUUGUAAGUCUGCUAUACGGUUUGCAGAAAGAACUGUACAAGUUGGAAGAGGACGAAUGAAGAUCGCGAGAGAUAGGAAUAGAGCACAGUUUAUAGCAGAUAAUGGCGAGGAUGAUUGAUAUGAUGAUAGACUUCGGGCCUGAUACUUUGAGUCGGAAUUCAAUUCCGAUGC